AUGGCAGGAUCCAAACAUGGUUUAGAAGAAUCUAUAGAAGAAUUUGAGAAAUUGAAACCUCAGAUGGACUCAUUAAGAGUAAAAGUUCAAGAGCAUUUGAAAAAUAUACAGUCUACUCUUAUAAGUAAGCGAGCGACCUAUGAGAAAGCACUGGCAGAGUUGAACAAUGAAGAACGCGAGUUGGAUAAGAAGAUAAGAGAUUUUGAAAAACUUGAGCAGCAGCUUCGACAGGAGAUUAGCAAGGAAAUACAAGACCGAGACAACUCGUCCAUGAAAGUGAAAGAGAUGAAAGUACAAGAGGAGCAACUAAUCGAACAAACGAGCAAAUUCCAACUAGAUAUCGACAAGGUUGAUGAAGAAAUCGAAAAGAGGUUGAAAGAAGUUACCGAGGAAAGGAAUACGCUAACGAAUCAAAGGACAAUCAUUGAUGAUAGAACGUUUCAGUACGAAGAGCUAUUAGGUAUGCGAAUAGAAACAGGAGGUGAAAACAAUCAAAUCAGUUUCAUAUUCAAUAAUGUUGACCCGGAUGAUUUCGAACGGGAGGUGUAUUUUGUGCUGGAUCCGAACCAAUACCGUAUUGUUGAGACUAGUCCGAAAUUGGAUGAGGCAGCGGUGACAAGGAUAAUGGACGAGUUUAGGAGUCAUAAGGGAAUAAGCUAUUUGUGGAGGGAUAUGAGAAAAGAGUUGGCGGUUGCUGCUACGAAUGCUAAGCAUUCCUGA